UGACACAAGAGAAACGCAAAGGGGCUGGAGACAUUGAAGAUAGUGCUCGUGUGUUGUAUAUAUAGGCAAAUGUGUUUUAGACGAGUUAAAAACAGUUGAAGAACAGUCGCCUUCCAGGUGAGAAAGCGUUCGGGUAUACAUAGAAAGAAAACCAUAUAGUUGCUGCGUUUCCCGCACCGUUCAAAAUGAGUGUCAGCGCUGGAACAACGAGGAUUAUUACCAUGGAGGGAAAUUUAAACAGCAGUUUCGAUAUGGAUCAACGUGAUCCGAACAACCUCAACAAUCAUAUCCAAGUUCAAUGGAGUGACGUCAUCGGCGAACCGGAAUCCAUUAGGAGUAACGAUUGCAUCUGGAAUUGUUCGUACAAGUGUUACCGCGGGACCAAAAACUGCUGCUACCAGUCAAUCACGCUCAUUUUCGCUCCGCUCGUGGCAUUCUGCAUGGGUCUACAAUUCGCUUGUCUGGCUUUCCAACACAUUUGGUGUUACGUGCCGUGCAUCCGCUGCUUGAAAAUCAAUUGUUCUGUGGUGCGGGAUGUCAUUACCAUCAUUCUUCAGGCCUUGUGCGCUCCGUGGAUAGAGACGUGCGGUCAUUGCCUGUCACGCAUCAAGGUCCGUUACCAACGGAUCUCCGACCUCCAGCAAGAGGAAGAUCUUUUAACUGUUUGAAACUACAUGAUCCUGAAUGGCUAUAGGCCUAUAACGAUGACCAAUAAUCAAGUGUCUCUAUUUCAUCGUUUCGACUUCUUUAAAUAAUAAAUACUUCCCGAAUUCGUGAAAUAAAAUCAAGUGUAUUAAACAUAGUUUUAGAUUCGAAUUAGCUAAUUCAUCACGUUUGGUCCAAUAAUGCGCAAUACGCUGUACAAAAUGUGCCUUUCUUUUUGUGUCAUUUGGCCGUGGUCGAUAUGCGCGUCACCAAGUUAUUCGAAUACACUAACAUGAUUAAAAACAGAA